AUGACGCUAGGAUUAUCAUUUAAUUAUAUCGACGUCAAUAUUCCAGCAAGCAUCGGACUUCAUAGUGUGGUUGAGAAAAUGUUUGCUCUGAACCCUUACUCGCCGUUCACAUUCUUGUAUUGCAUAACUGUUUACAAUUUAUCUGUGAUUCACUCAUCGAUAUUAAAUGGCAAACAAAUCAAUGACGACCCGAAUGCAAUCAUUCGGGAUUGA